GUAAACACGGAAGUGCAGCCGCAACAGCAGAAGCAAGUAGAGACUGAGAACAGCACCUACGGGCUGAACGGUCAUUUUAACCGGUUUUAACGGCGGGUUGUUGAUCUCCCUGUGUGUGUAAACAUUCGAAAGACUCAGGAUGGACAAAGGGUUGAUGCUAACGCUGAUUUUUAGCCUCUGUGUGGCUGUAACGACAGGGGGAAGAACCGGCAUGAGGAGGAUCACCAAAGGGCAGAUUUUGGGCUUUGAUUGGAAGAACUGUGGGAAGCCAGACGCUCCAGCUGUGCUCAAGACCCUGACUCUGUCUCCAGACCCCAUCCCCAUCCCUGGAGACCUGACUGCCUCGGCUUCCGGGUCCACGUCUGUAGAUCUGGCUGCUCCUCUGAGUUUGAACGUGACGUUGGAGAAGGAGGUGGCGGGUUUCUGGGUGAAGAUCCCCUGUGUGGAGGAAAUAGGCAGUUGUCAUUAUCAUGACGCCUGUGACCUUUUGGACCAGCUGAUCCCUCCAGGUCAGGACUGUCCUGAACCACUGCACAGCUAUGGUCUGCCCUGUCACUGCCCCUUUAACGCUGGCUCCUACUCUCUGCCACAGUCGGACUUCUACCUGCCUGAGAUGGAUCUGCCCUACUGGCUCACCAACGGGGACUACAGGGUCCAGGGGGUCCUGGGUGGUCAGGGCAAAGAGCUGGGCUGCCUCAAACUGGCUCUGUCCAUCCGCUCGGACUGAACCACACAAAGCUUCUGUCAGGAGGGUUUUGCACAUUAACAGAGAUUGGGAAAUAAAAGCAGAAGUUGCACAAAGGUUGAUAAAUAUAGGGACGCUUACACUUGAUUGUACCACUGUGAAAAAAUAACAAUCAUUUCAAGAGUCUAUUAAAAUAUAAUGUGAAGCUCCUGAAAACAAGCAAAUAAGUAUCUGAGGUCAGACUGAAGUUAACAUUUGUUUGGGUACUGGUGACUUUUUGGGAAACAAGCAUAGGAUUUGUUACCAGUUUAUUUUUUAAUCAUAAUAGUUUUUAAAUAUGUUUAAUGCCAUGAGUUGCUUCAGCCACCUUGUUUUUUUUUUUUUUUUUUUUUUUUAUCUGUUUCCUUUUUGCUUUUGUGGGAAUAAAGUGUGGUAUUAUAGGGAAAUAACAGUAAAGAAAAUUUGGUAGAGAAUAGUUAAUGUAUUUUUUUUUUCUUUUCAUUUGCAAGUUAAGUGCCUAAAUUACUGGAUCUGUAAGAGGAAUUCAUCUAAAGUAGCUCUGAGUGAACAUGAGACGAAAAGCAAUCAUGAGACUAAUGAUUUUAUAACUGAUUUUAUGGGAAUCAAGUUAUUACUUAUAAGUUAAAAUGAUUCUUAACACUGGUGCCAAAACAUGUGAUGCUUUUGGUGCGGUUCAUGUUGUGAUUCAUUCCACACUGUACAGUUUUUAAUAAACACUAUCCUUUAAACUGU